AUGACGCUGUCAAUCUUGCCAGACGAGCUAAUCCUUGAGAUAGCGAAGUAUUUCGCAUCGGAUUGGUAUCAGCCUGACGUCGAUCCCGUUCCUCGACAUUAUUACCUCGACUGUACCCUGCUGAGCCUCUGCGCACUCAAUCGCCGUAUUCGAACCAUCUGUUUUCCGGUGCAGUUUCGGGUACUAUCUAUCGGCUUAGACAUCUUCUCUCUGGACUCGGAACGGGACUUCUUACAAAAGACGAUUUUGUCUCGUCCGGACGUGACCACGCUCCUUCGCUCUGUGCACCUAAGACAAAACGGGUUUUCGGACGUAAAUAUGUUCGAAAUCCAAUGGGUUCAUUUCGAACGCAUCGUGCAGGAUCUUCUGAGAUCUGCACCAGGCCUCAUCCAUCUCGAUAUAAACUUCGAUCCCGUGACCCCACCCAUGACGCUGGAACUUAUAAACGUCGUGAAUGACCACCCCUCGCUCAAGACCGUCGCGAUAGACUCAUCUGAACAGCUCUACCAUCUAGACCACGAAGCCAUCCAAUCCACCUCGCUAAGCCGUAUCGGCUGUCGACAACUCGUACUCUUCGAUUCAUCCCGUCUUCAGUGGGAAGCCGUGGCCAUCAUUUUCCGCCCCGGAGAUGGCGCACGACUCAAAAAGCUCGUAUUGUACGACGGUGAUCCGCAACGAUGGCAGUCGAUGUCUUUGAAGGGGCUGGAGACCAUCGAGUUCCAGGUCACCUCCCUGUCAUCCAGCAUCUACCUCGACUUCCAGAAAAGCUCGUUGCUAUCCCGUAAUCCUUCACUCAGGCUCAUCAAGGUCAUUGGGCAACCAUCAUCCUUACUUCUAAAGUUUCCUCUGCUGUCACCACUCCCGUGUAUGACAGAAUUGUGUGUGGCGGCGACGGCGGAGGGGGUUGAAGAUUCUAUAGGAUUCGAGGGCUUAACCCUUGAACGAGCGGUUACCCCAGGGCUACGCGACGGAAAUGAGGAAACGUCUCAGUGGUGCAUUCAUAAGGCUUUUCUGACCCUCACGAAGGCCGGCGUCCUCUCUCUCCCACUGUUCACGAGAACAGCGCCGUUCACUGAAUUAAUAAGCAUUGCAAUUGAAGACACAGAUGAUGCUACGACUACAAUACAUGAUAUCUUCGACUCUCUCAAGGCCUCGCAUUCGACGUUGCAGAAGAUCACUGCGAUCGAACUCCUCAACGUUCCACUUUGGGAGAGCGAUCUCGAUGAAGUAUCAGCGGCGGACAUCCCCCUCGGAAUCGGCGAGCUUGAUUUUGCUGCCUAUGGACUCGACGAAAAUCACAGUGAUGACCGCGAUAAGGCCUGGGAUAUCGUGGAACCGUGGCUACAACUGUAUUUGGAUUAUCCGGUCCAAUUCUUACAAGACCUUGGCGCUUUGUGUCCAUUGCUGGAGUCGGUUAUUAUCUACGUAGGAGGUCCGCUUGUAGAGUUUUCUUUCGACAUGAAGACGACGCAAGCGGAAGAGGGUUGGAUGGAGACAACUGUGAUAUGGACCAAUAGCUUCUGA